AUGUCUCCAAGGCGACGGUUCAAUUGUGCGCGUUCCGCAUCUGUAGCGCUUGUUGCUUCGGCAUCUCUUGUUAACGCCGGUCCCUGCGAUCUGUACGCCGCCGGUAAUACGCCCUGCAUUGCUGCACAUAGCACCACCCGUGCUUUAUACAGUGGCUACUCUGGCUCGCUUUAUCAAGUGAAACGUACAUCCGAUGGCGCCACCACCAAUAUUUCUCCUCUCUCGGCUGGCGGUGUUGCAAACGCCACUGCCCAGGACACUUUUUGCGAAGGCACAACGUGUCUAAUCACUAUAAUCUAUGAUCAGUCUGGGAAGGGAAACGACCUUACUCAGGCGCCACCAGGCGGAUUCGAUGGUCCCGAAGCCAACGGCUACGACAACCUUGCAAGUGCAAUCGGUGCCCCGGUUACCUUGGGCGGACACAAGGCAUACGGUGUCUUUAUUUCGCCCAGAACUGGAUACCGCAUUGACAAAGGCCAUGGCACAGCUACAGGUGAUGAGCCAGAAGGCAUGUAUGCUGUCCUCGACGGGACGCACUACAAUGACGGGUGCUGCUUCGAUUACGGCAAUGCGGAGACCAGUAAUACGGACACUGGUAAUGGCCACAUGGAAGCCAUCUACUUUGGCAAUAGCACUUUCUGGGGCUCCGGUGCCGGUGACGGCCCUUGGCUCAUGGCCGAUCUGGAGAACGGAUUGUUCUCCGGCUUGAGCCCUAAAAACAACGCCAACGACCCGUCGAUUUCGGCUCGUUUCUUCACUGCUAUUGUCAAGGGCGAGCCAAACCACUGGUCACUCCGCGGCGCUGAUGCUACGUCCGGCUCAUUAUCGACCUACUACGAUGGAGCAAGGCCAGACGCAAAGGGCUACAACCCCAUGAGCAAGGAAGGCUCCAUCAUUCUCGGUAUCGGCGGCGACAACAGUAUUAGCGCGCAAGGCACAUUCUACGAGGGUGUCAUGACCUCCGGCUACCCAUCUGACGAGACCGAGAACGUGGUGCAAGCCAACAUCGUGGCUGCCAAAUACGCCGUCACAUCUUUAACGAGCGGACGGAAAUUCACCGCCGGCGACUCGGUCUCUUUGCAAGCUACUACUUCUGGCUACACGGAUCGCUACAUCGCGCACACCGGUUCCACAAUCAACACGCAAGUUGUCAGUUCAUCUAGUCCUGCUACCCUGAAGCGACAAGCUAGCUGGGCAGUCCGAACGGGUCUCGCCAACGACGGCUGUUUCUCAUUCGAGUCGAUCGAUACUCCCGGAAGCUUCAUCCGGCACCACAACUUUGCACUCCUGCUCAAUGCCAACGACAACACGAAGCAAUUCUCCGAGGAUGCUACCUUCUGCCCAAUGACUGGCCUAAGCGGUGACGGCAGUUCUGUCCGGGCUUGGGGUUACCCUACUCGCUUCUUGCGACACUAUGAGAACAAGCUCUAUAUUGCUAGUGAUGGUGGUGUUCAGACCUUUGAUGCCACGACUUCCUUCACUGACGAUGUGAGCUGGAAAGUCACCAAUGGAUUUUCCAGUGCGUGA